GUGCCAUGAACGGAGACGACGCCUUUGCGAAGAGACCCAGGGAUGAUGCUAAAACAUCAGAAAAGAGAAGCAAGCAUCCCUGGAGACAAGUCUGUGACCUUGCACUCCAUUUGGUGACUCUCAGUCCAUUCUGGAAGGUGGGAAGAGAGCCAGACAGCAGCAUUAAAGCCCUAAUGUGUGCCACGGGAGAAGCUAGGGCCUUCGAUGAUAUUGCCACAUACUUCUCUAAGAAAGAGUGGGAAAAGAUGAAAUACUCGGAGAAAAUCAGCUAUAUGUAUAUGAAGAGAAACUAUGAGGCCAUGACUAAACUAGGUUUCAACGUCACCCUCCCACCUUUCAUGUAUAAUAAACAGGCCACAGACUUCCAGGGGAAUGAUUCUGAUAAUGACCGUAACCGCAGGAAUGAGGUUGAACGUCUUCAGAUGACUUUUGGCAGGCUCCAGAGAAUCUUCCCGAAAAUCAUGCCGAAAAACCCAGCAGAGGAAGCAAAUGAUUGGAAGGGAGUGUCAGAAGCAUCUGCCCCACAGAACCAUGGGAAACAGCUGUGCCCCCCGGGAAAUCCAAGUACCUCUGAGAAGAUUCACGAGACAUCUGGACCCAAAAGGUGGAAACAUGCCUGGACCCACAGACUGCGUGAGAGAAAGCAGCUGGUGAUUUAUGAAGAGAUCAGCGACCCUGAAGAAGAUGACGAGUAACUCCGCCUUGGGGAUAUGACACGUGCCCUUGAUGAGAAGCAGAAUGUGGUGACCUUUCAUAAACAUGGGCAUGGCUGCGGACCCUCAUCAUCAGGUGUAUAACAAGUGAAAGCAAGUGCUCACAACCGUGAAAAGUUGAGCAUCAUUUUUCUUAGUGUGACAAGAGAUCGAUGUUAGUGUUUCCAUUGUAUUUUCUUACAGUGUGUCAUUCUGUUAGAUACUAUCUUUAUCAUUGAUGAGCAAGACAUACUUAAUGCAUAUUUUGGUUUGUGUAUCUAUGCACCUACGUCAGAAAACAAGUAUUGUCAGGUAUUCUCUGCAUAGAACAGCACUAUCUUCAUCUCUCCCCAGAUGUGACUACUGAGGGCAGUUCUGAGUGUUUAAUUUCAGACUUUUUCCUCUGCAUUUACACACUACAUCACACACACACACACACACACCAAGUACCAGUACAAGCAUCUCCCAUAUGCUUUUCCCAUUGCCAUGUGUCCUAGUCAAGCCCCCCUCACUCUGUUUCCUGUUCAGCACGUACUCCCC